AUGAGAAGUCCAAUUACUCCAAUAAUAUUGCUAGCAAUUGUUUAUAGCUCCGGUCAAAAAAUCAACCCAAAAUCCUUGCUUCGGGUCGAUGUAGCCGUUGAAGAACAAACGUUUUUCAAAUCCUACAUCGGAAUCCUAACGGCGGAGCCAGUAAGUGAAGAGUAUGCAAAAGUUUUGGCCAAACUAACCCAUCCGGGUCCAUUGGAACUGACAGACAUCCAGAAAUCGGAAGAUCCGAAGCGUUGUUUGACAUGCCGACUAGUGUUCAAUACAUUGAUCAAAAUGGUUAUCGCUAUGAGAGUGCCCAAACUUACGGUGGAAGCUGUUGGUAGAACGUUGUGUCGACUCGAAGGUUAUCCGAUAAAUGUCUGUGAAGGAAUCGCUAAGAUUUAUGUACAUUCCUUCUACUACCUGGUUCAACAAAAACCUACCUUAACAGCAGAUGAUUUCUGUAGACAACUCUUGGCGGAUAUCGGUUGCAGUGACAAGAAGAAACCCGUUCCUAUAAGAAAACAAAUCAAAAUAUCGCCAAAACCCUUAAAAUCAUCGAACCCAAAACGUUCUGUCAGUUUCUACAGGGUUCUUCACAUUGGCGACAUUCACAUGGACCAAGCGUACGUAGUAGGCGCCAAGGGUGAUUGUGGAAGCAUGGCCUGCUGCCGUUAUGUUGAUCCUUUCCGCGUUGUUUCGAACCGAUGGGGUGACUACGGACACUGUGAUCAACCGGCUCAUGCCUUUCAACGGAGUUUGGAGCAAAUGGCUGAGAAGCAUCCGAACAUCGAUUGGAUCUAUUUGACCGGAAAUAUCAUGCAUCAUCAUCUGUGGGCUUCAAACCAGGAGGAAGUCGUUAGAGAUAUGCGAAAGGCAGCUGUAGUGGUGCGAGCUCGUCGAGCAUUUGCAAAUGUUUCCGCUAUUUUGGCGUUGGGAAACUACGAUAGUCAUGCUGCAGGUUUGUUUGCCCCGUUUGAGGUGGAUAAGUUUGGAAAUCGUUAUCUCUACAAGGAAUUGAAGGAUCAACUGGUUACUAAACUGUACAAAAAGGCUGGGAUUAAGUUUAACUCCUCCCAUGAAGGAUAUUACACUGUUAGACCAGUCGAAGGAUUGAAAGUAAUUGUUUUGAACAACAACGUGGCUUCCAUCUACAAUUGGUGGUUGCUGCUAUCAAAGUUUGAGAACUUCUACACCAAACAACUUCAAUGGCUCCAUGACGAGUUGCUAGAAUCGGAAACUAAUCAAGAACAAGUACACAUUCUAGCUCACCUGCCAGCCGGAAGCAAAAUUCUGCUCAAAGAUUGGUCCAUCCAAUACGGAAAGAUUGUCGAACGCUUUGCCAAUACCAUAACGGGUCAGUUCAAUGGGAACACUCACUUGGAUGAGUUUAAAGUCUUUUUCGAUCGAGCUUCGACACCGAUUAACGUGGCCUGGAACGCUGGAUCGUUAGCGGCCUACAGUGGAGUCAAUCCGAACUACCGAAUCUACUGGGUUGGAAAGCAGGGAUUUGAAAUCAAUGAACACGAGACGUAUUACCACGACCUUCGACAGACGAAUGCCGAUUUUAGGAAAGGUCCUCAGUGGAAGUUGGAAUACCGCAUGAAAUCCUAUUACAGUCUUCGGGAUCUGACCCCGAAGUCUUUGGGUGCUCUGAUCCAAAAUAUGGCUACCAAUACGACCUUACAGAACAAUUUUCGUCGAUUGAGUGCACGCUCAGCUCGACCUCUGAUAGAUGAACCUUGUGAUCGUGAUUGUCUUAGAGAAAGAAUCUGUGGAUUGGUGCUAAUGAGUUCUGGAGAUGACUCAAAGUGUGGUUCAAUUCUAACCCUGUAGUUUCUUAUGAGUAUCGUGAAAAUUGAAGAUCCAUGCUGCAUUUAAAUAUGUAGUUGUUCAAGGAGCUGUCCCAAAUAAAUACAGCAACACAGAUAGUUUGUAUCCUACACUCGUUUAUUCCUCCCAAAAUGUUUCACGCAACCGCUCGCACUGGAAAUCAUCACCCAACUCGUUGACCACAA